AUGUCGACGUUUUCUUCGAAUUCACGAGGCCAGGAUGCAAUGAACUCGACAAAAGCCGUACAGUCCACCACGCACGUUACGGCUCGUUCCCCUUCGCCACCUCGUCCUAUCCCAAGCUACGAUUCCAGCAACUUGAGUGGCCCUAGAGAUGGCCCCGCUGGCUUACGAGACGCAUUCCCGAUGCAUGGGAUGCGGAAUUCGGAUAUGCACAAUAAGCAACGACGUCGACCAUCCCGACCACAUCUUGAUUCAAGACCAUAUCCGACGUCUCCAGAUUUUGCAACGCCGACAAGCUCCAACCAUGGAUCACCACCACCGCCUGCCUCUCCUUACAAUGGUGGGCGAGGAGACCGAUCUGGACAACCUCCGUUUGCCGGCUCUGGACCAUCUCCCCCUUAUCGCCAGGAUAACUACCACUCACAAAAUGUCCCAUCGGGACCACACUAUCAAAACAACCACGGUCAUUUUGACGGACCACCGAGUCACCAUCCUCAAGCCGCUUACAACGGGCCGCCCUAUCGAGGUGGCCAUUCUGGGUUCCGAGGGAACCACGAAAACCAAGGCCCAAAUCGCCGAUUCUCUGGAUCUGGACCUCAUCCCUACAACAAUGGGCCCUCACACCGCGGAGGAAGGGGUAACUUCAACAAUUCACAAUGGACUGUAUCCGGAUCUCGUGGCCGCAGUGGACCGUCAAGCCCUCCUCCACUUAGCCGUGGUUCGCGGACUCCAUCUACUCUUGCUCCGUCCGCAAGUGAUCCGCUAUCUCCUCGGGCACCCGACCCUACGACUCAAUUGGCAGGCACAAACAGGGAUUACCAAAGAGACGAUGACAGGUCUCUGCCUGUUGCAGAAGGCGAUGGUGCUCAUGAAAUGCCCCCGCCUCCCCGUGAAUCGAAUAUAACUACUCCUGGGGACAAAGGUGGAAAGUUCAGUUUUGCUUUGAAGCCCAAGACGACUCCAAACUUGACACCAAAGCCUGUCCCUGAUCUUGCGCAGCGGAUGGUCCGUGAACCACCUCCUCGUGCACCCGAACCAAAAAGCCCUCGCAACCGGCUGACAAAUGGCCCAUUGCCCAAGUUCAACCCUGAUGCGCGGUUCGACCGACGAGAUCGGGACCGCGGACGAGAUAGGAAAGGGGAUCGUGAUCGUCGGGAAUUCCGAAACCAACGGGACUUCCGGGAUCCACGAGACAUGCGAGAUACUCGAGACGAUCGUCGCUUUGACCAGCGGCAUGACCGAAGGAAGAAUGACAGGCGUCCUGAUUUCAGACAAGACCGUCCCAGGGAUCCCUCACAAGAGCCGCCCAGAGAGCCGCCGAAGCAGAAGAAGAUUAUCACUCGGCCCAAGCCACGCCCGAUACUGCCCAAGGAGUUUGCUGAUGCUGACUCGGUUUACUACCGCAAGCCAGGAAACGAGUCCGUUAUCGGCGCUGGCACCUACGGCAAAGUCUUCAAGGGAAUUCAUGUGUUUACUCAGCGCAAGGUUGCCCUGAAAAAGAUUCGAAUGGAGGGUGAAAAGGAUGGAUUCCCAGUUACGGCGGUUCGGGAAAUCAAGUUGCUGCAACACCUCCGGAGCCACAACGUGGUUAGCCUGUUGGAGGUCAUGGUUGAACGGAACGAGUGCUUCAUGGUCUUUGAAUAUCUUUCCCAUGACCUGACUGGUCUCAUCAACCACCCCACGUUCUCCCUCACUCUCGCGCACAAGAAGGAUCUGGCCAAACAGAUGUUUGAAGGGCUGAACUACCUCCACCACCGAGGCGUCCUUCACAGAGACAUCAAGGCUGCCAAUAUCCUAAUCAGCAACCAAGGAUUAUUGAAAUAUGCAGACUUUGGCCUGGCUCGCUUCUUCUCCAAGAGCCGUCAGCUCGAUUACACCAACCGUGUCAUCACGAUCUGGUAUCGACCCCCGGAGCUUCUGCUGGGUGAGACCCGCUACGGCCCAGCAGUCGAUGUGUGGAGUGCUGCAUGUGUCUGUAUGGAAAUGUUCACCAAGAAAGCUGUCUUCCCCGGCGAGGGCGGCGAGCUGAGCCAGCUGGACAAGCUCUAUAACUGUCUGGGUACCCCGACUCGUGCUGACUGGCCGGAUCUCGUGGAGAUGCCCUGGUUCCAGUUGAUGCGACCCGCCGAGCGCAAGAAGCGUGUCUUCGAGGAUACUUACCAGGACGUCCUGACCCCGGCUGCGAUGGACAUGAUUGCCCAAGUCUUUCAAUACGACCCCGCGAAGCGACCAUCCGCGGAAGCGGUCCUCCAGCACCCUUACUUCCUGUCCGAGGAACCUGCUCCUCAGCAGGCCGUUGAACUUGAGCACAUUGAAGGAGACUGGCACGAGUUCGAGUCCAAGGCACUCCGUAAGGAGGCCCGGCGUGCCGAGUGGCAGAGCCAAAAGGACCGGGAGAAGCGCAAGGCGGAGUCGUCGGUGCCGACAAGUGAACCGGACGCCAAGCGGGCGAGACAGGAGGACUCGGACCAGGUCUCGGGAUUGUGA